ACGACGUUUAAACGCUCUUUUAACUUGCAGAAAUAUGCAUAAGUCAACAUUGAUAUCGUUCUCCUUGCUCUUAAUUUCAAUCAGCUCAGUUACCGCGGGGAAGAGGCUUGUUUGUUACUUUGGAUCUUGGGCUGUGUACCGAGAAGGAGCAAACGCUUUCAACAUAAGUUCUAUCCCUGUGAAUCUCUGUACGCAUGUAAUCUACUCGUUCCUUGGUCUCUCCUUUGAUGGAACUAUAGAGGUUUUGGACACAUAUACUGAUGAAGAGCUUGAGGGUUUUAAAAAAGUACUGGCCCUCAAAACGUUAAAUAAGAAUUUGAAGGUGAUGAUUGCAGUCGGCGGUGGUUCAUUUGAUCCAGGAACAUUUUCGUGGAUUGUGUCAGACAAUGAUACAAUAAACACCACUGUGAAUUCAUUAGCAGAAUUCUUGACCGUUUACCCUUUUGAUGGUAUUGACUUAGAUUGGGAAUUUCCAAGCAGCGAUGAAGACAAAGCCAACUUUGCUAUUUUCGCAGCUGCUCUCAAGAAACGGUUGAUAAAAAUGAAACCCCGCCGAAUUUUAACUGCGGCCGUCACUGCUGACCCGGAAACUGCGAUUUUGGGCUACGAUAUGAAAAAAUUGGUUAAAUCGUUGGACUGGGUCCAUGUUAUGACUUACGAUUACCACUAUUACGAUGACGGGGUCACUGGAUACAAUGCACCACUAAAAGGAGGAGUCAACGACACUUCCAUAUACGCGUCGGUGGCUUAUUGGAAGAAAAAUGGUUUGCCUGGUGCAAAGCUGGUGCUCGGCAUUCCUCUGUAUGCAAAGACUUUUACCUUGGAAGAUCCCACUCAACAUGAUUUGGGUGCAUAUGUCACCGGUCCUGGAACUGCAGGUCCAAUCACACUAGAAGACGGGGCACUUGACUACAUGGAGGUUUGCUAUUUUUUGAAAAAAACUGGCUGGACAUCUGUUAAUAGCACAUUCUACCAGUCAACUUAUGCCUAUAAAGGGGAUCAGUGGAUUUCCUAUGAAAGCCUCGACAACUACAUUGCUAAGGUAAAAUAUGCAAAGACAAUGGGUGGUGCCAUGGUGUGGAACUUGGCAGGCGAUGAUUAUGCUGGCCGAUACUGCAAUAAUGGGAAAUAUCCGAUUUUGACACUUUUGAAGAAAUACAUAUAAUUCCCCUUGAUUUGGCAGUUGCUUUAUAAUUUCUGCCAAUUAAAUUUAACUUCAAAUAAAUAAUAUCAUAAAA